CUGUUUCAUGGUUGACUGUUUCCUUUUUUCCAAGAAAUUAUUAUUUCGCUAGCUUAACUUGAAGUGUUUGCAAUACGCUAACAAGAAAUGUAUCGGAGAUCCAUGUGGAAAUCUAAUUGCUGCACUUUCGGAGAGCUUUGAGUGUCAGACUUGAUGGGGUGUGGGAGAAACAAUGUGUGCACAUUUUUACCAGACAGACAGUACAGACAAACAGACAGACAUAUUUAGUUGCCAUGGUUACUGGUCUACGUGUGGUCAGAGGUCCGAACUGGAUCUACGGAAACGAUGACGGGGGUGAAGGUCACGUCGGUACAGUGACUGACGUCCACGAUGGCCACAAGAAAGUUACUGUGUUGUGGGACAACGGGUCAGAAAACAUCUACCGAACCGGACAAGACGAUGCGUUUGAUCUUUGUGUUCUCGACUGCGCUCAGCUAGACAUUCAACAUUUCUCUGUGACUUGCGAUGAAUGUCGUGAGAUGCCAAUCAAAGGACUGCGUUGGAAGUGUGCUGUGUGUCCAGACUUCGAUCUCUGUUCUGCCUGCUACAACCAAGACAAACACGACACGUCACAUCCUUUUUUCAGAUUUGAAUACUUCGCAAGGACCAGAGAAAACGUCAAAGUUCCACCCAGAAAUACAGAAAGUCCGGCAGACAAGAUCAAAGCAAUGGGCAUGUUUCCAGGUGCUAAAGUCUCUAGAGGCAAACAUUGGACUUGGACUGACCAAGACGGAGGAAAUGGACAGACAGGUUUAGUUCAAAAACUCAGAGAUUUCAAAUCUAGAUUUCGUUCCAUUGCUGAAGUCAUUUGGUCUAAUGGUUCCUGUAAUGAAUACAGACUUGGCUACUGUGGUCAAGUUGACCUGAAAUGUAUUGAAGCGGCCGGCGGAGGAUAUUAUUAUAGAAAUCAUCUACCUGUAUUACGCAAAUGCAAAUUGAGUCCACAAAAGUUGAAAAUAGGUGACACGGUCAAGUGUGUUGUUGGGGUGGACAAGUUGAAAGAACUUCAGGAAGACCAUGGAGGCUGGAAUGAGUGUAUGGAAAUGAACAUCAAUCAAACUGGCAUAAUAGAAAAACUACAUUAUGAUCAAAUCCAAGUGAAAUACGAUGCCUCCACACAAUGGUGGUUUAAUCAAGUCGCUUUCGAAAAAGUAUCAAAUGAUGAAGACACGGUGACCAUAGUACCUGGCCUUAGAGUUGUGCGUGGUCCAGACUGGGCAUGGGGAAACCAAGAUGGCGGUGAAGGACAUCUUGGCACUGUAGUUGUUGAACGAAGCGGGUCUUGUGGUAAAUGGAUCUCUGUCAUCUGGGACAAUGGUUCUGAAAAUUGUUACACAGCUGAUACUAAGUCUGCCUAUGACUUGUGUGUUCUGGACAGUGGACCAAGUGGUGUCAAGCAUGAGGGCAUUCAGUGUGACUGUUGCCUGGUGUGCCCUUUAAUGGGGACUAGAUGGAAGUGCACGUCCUGUUUCGACUUUGACCUCUGCUCGGCUUGCUACCAUGGCAACCAACACGACGUGACACAUCCGUUUUGGAGAUAUGACCAUCCGGACGGAAGAAGAUUUCUGCUUACAAGUCGCAUCAAUAAGAGACGAAUAGAGAGCAAGGGAAUAUUUCAAGACGCUAAAGUUGUCCGUGGAAAACAUUGGGAGUGGAACACUCAAGACGCUGGCAACCCUGCUGAAGGAUCAGUUCUUGAAAUAAAGCCAUGGAAUAAAGAUUCAUCAAAAAGUGCCGCCCGAGUGAAAUGGGAGAAUGGAACUACAAAUACUUACAGACUUGGUUUUAGAGGGAAAGUGGAUUUAAAAUGUGUCAUUCCUGCUUCAGGUGGCCAUUUCUACAAAACGCAUCUUCAGGUGUUAGGGAAAAGGGAGACAACGCCUUGCCUAUUUGAACUGGAUGACGCUGUCUCCUGCAUGUUUAGUGUGGAACAAAUGAAACUAUUACAGAGAUCACAUGGAGGCUGGACUGAUGCUAUGUCCCAGUACAUACCACAAAAUGGUAAGGUGGUUGAAAUAGAUGGCGACGGCGAUGUCCGAGUCGAAUACGUUGAUGGUAUAAAAUGGACAUUUAACCCAGAAUCUCUAUGUAAGUCUAAAGAGUUGAAGAAUUUUACCCGCAGCCCAAUGGAUUCAGAAGCUGUGAGAACUAUUUUAGACUUAGGAUUCGAUAGAGAUUUGGUACAAAAAGUUGUAUGGAGAACAUUCUUUACGUCACAAACCUACUUCUCUGAGACUGAACUCUUACUGAAUACAAUCUUAGACGAAACGAACACGCAGAAUACACGUGCCGACACUUGUACCCUGAAUUUAAGGACCGAUUCUGAGCAUAGCACAUCCAGCGAGUCGAACCUCGACAGCAAUCACUUAGCGGCAACAAAUUCAAGCCCUUGUCCUGCAAGCUUAACACCUGCCAGCGCCACAACAACUGUGUCUAAGGAAUCUACUGCGACACCUGACGACGAUCAAACUCUGGCUGAGAAAUAUCGACAGCUGAUGGAAGAGCGUCAGUGCAAGAUCUGCAUGGAAGUAGAUGCCCGAAUGACCUUUGUGCCCUGUGGGCAUCUGGUCAGCUGUGAGGUCUGUUCGUCCCAGUUAAAACAAUGCCCCAUGUGUCGGUCAGACAUUGAAAAGGUUGUGAAAACGUAUCUAGUAUAAUUUUAGUUGUUUUUUUUUUUAAAGCUGCUACUGAAAGGGGAAUAGCUGCUUAUAUUUAAUUUUGUGUGGUCUGUCUGUUCAUCCGUCCGUCCUGUUUAGAUUUUAAAAAAUAGAAACAGAUGUUGAAAAUCCGAUAUCAUGAUAUUUUAGAACUUUCUGAGUCCUGAUGACACGGCAAAUUUUUUUUUUUCUAAAAGCGAAAAGUUAAAUUUGUUAAAUUAACUAUGCAAGCAGCUUUUUCAUACAAAUUCACCAUUUUUACAACUAUUCACAAUUAUUAGUGAAAAAAAACAAAACACGGGAGACUAUAAUAACAGGAAAAGUAAUCUUUCGGUAUAAUUUAACACAUUUAUGCAAACUGUUUUAUGUUUUUCAAAAAAAAAAAAAAUAAAUAAAUAAUUUGCAUUACAAACUUAGGUAUUUUCUUGAAUACAAGCUACUUAUAUUUUUUGUAAAAAAGUUUACUUUUGUUUUGAAAAGAGAAAGAAUCCGUUUAGAAUGUAUAUAACUCGAAUUUAAUUUAAAACAACAAUUAAUAAGCAGUGUCAUCUAUUAUACAAGUGGAGUUUAGCAAUAAUGUAAAAAACACACUCAUAAUUAAACCAAAGGGGGGUAACUUGCAAUUCGGACAGAUUCGUGUAUUAGAUCAUCAUUCUGUCACUUCAACUUCCUUAUAUUAACUGGGAACAACUAUUAGCGGCGAUGAUGUCCACUAAACAAAACGGUUUGGGCCCCGAAAAAAAAAAGAAGCAUAAAGCCCAAAAAAAGAGGCGUAAGUUAAACAAGAGACAAAAGCACCCCUCCCCCCCCCCCCCCCAAAUAACAUUUCUUCAUUAAGGCCUUGAAUGAUAGUUAUUCCAUAUCAAAUCCCCCCAAAAAAUCACAUUCAACCAUAUCUUUAUUACCAUCAGUUCAUUUAAAUACACAUAGGUAUAACAUAACAUAAUAAUAGUAACAUUAAUAAAUGUCCAUAUCCUGUAAUAUCAUGUCGUCAGUCGGACUAAUAAUACAAUCGUAUCGGCAACACAUUUGACUUCUAAGCCUGUCCUCUUUUUGUAUCGACGGAGAUAAGGCUGUAGGUCUUUCGUGGUUGUAGUUUAUAGGGUUUUUUUUACCUACCAGAGUGGAUUACUUCUGGAAUAGGAACUAUGUUAGGGUGUCCAUAAAAACUGUCUUUGAAACCUUGUUUUAUAUUAUUAGUAGUACGUUUUUACAUAAAUUUACAUCUUCAUAAGAAAUUUUAUAAACAUUUUUAAAAGGCUAGUUUAUUAUUGUUAGAUGAAUAAAUAUACUUUAGUACGAUUUUAAUUAUAUAUAAAACAAAGGUCUUUGUAUCCACUAUAACUACCUUUAUUAUAUAUUUUAUAUUAUUAUAUAACUUUUUUUCCUUGUUUUGGAAGAGUAUAUCUCGUCAUUGUGUUGAACCAAUUUUUUUUUAUUAUUCAACAUUUUUCUCUAGCAAAUAGAAUAUAAAUAAAGUAAAUUAAUGAACAACAUACAGUACCAAUAUGGAUCUCCUCUAGACGAAAGCCUGGGAGCACAUGAGCCACCCUGCCCACGCUUCCCCCGUGGUGGAGGUUGUCCAGGCCUAAGAAAGCUAUUAUAGCAAAGUGCAGGACAGGCCACUGUAAUGUUGGCUCAUAUUUCGGAUCGCUAUGGCCAAAUAUUUCGAAUGAUGGUGCUCCUGCUGCGAAGAAGAAGAGAAAACCGUGCCUUUAAUUCUGUUUGGCUGCCCCAGACUUGCUGAUCUCCGUCUCGACAGGUCUGGGAAACCAAAACUUCUCUGCCUGUAUGUUGACAUAUCUGCACUGAACAAAACAGCAGGGUUUCUGUUCAGGUCUUUUGCCAGAGAGGAUUUGAACCUCUCAAUUUUUGUACUCCAAUGGAGUUUGAUGAUCAUGAUGAUGGUAGAACACUAUGUUAAUAUAUCAUUUUGUGAAUUUACAUGUCGUAGGCCUUUAGUUGAAUUCAACAUUCUUGUAAUGUUUUUUUUUAUGCAAGCUUAGAUAUGUGUGUAUCAGUGAGUGUGUAUCUUUUCACGUUUUUGUGUUUUAUUUAUGCAAAGUGUGCAUGUUAGCGGUAAAGUCGGAAAUACUGACAUUCUGUAGAAUGAAUAUUAUUAGUUUAUUGCAAAGAAUAAAAUGUGCAAAUUAAAAUGAUAUUUAAUUACAAGAUAGAAGUUGACAAACAACGGUCUGUCUUAAAAUGUAAUAAGAAAUGGUUUUCUUUUUAUACCUUAUUUAUAAAUCAUAAAAAAUUUAUAACAAAGCUUAUAUCAGCUAACUCUGCCUGUCUGAUCAAAAUUGUAUUCAAUUAGAAAAUUAAUUACUGGUAAUUCAUUAUUUUGUUUAAAGACAACAAGGGAAACUAAUACUUCAGUAUCACAUAUAUGGCUACAUUUUAAGGGUUAAGUCCCUUUAAAUAAUUGUUAGCGUUAUUACUCCCUCAUGCAAUCUCCGAUCAAGUUGAUACUUUAAACAAUUAUUUAUUGUACCUAACAAAACAUGAGUCAAUAAACAAAAAUACUCAAUUAAUCAAUUAAGGGAGAUAACCUGGAUAUUAUUGGUACAUAUAGUUUUAAGGACGGAGCUCUUCCCCUUUAGAUUAGCUUUAAUUUUUGUUGUAAAAGUUAUAGGAAUACGCUUUGGCUAAUACUGUGUAUAACUCUGCUCCUACUCCGACAAAUAUGGUGUUAACGAGUGCACUGUUAGACACAAGUCAGGACAAUAUCGAUGAGAAGGGUGUUAACAUCUGGUACAGACAUAGACAUAAAUAAAUAUAGACUGGCCGAUAAUAGAGCUCUAUGAAACGAAAAUUUGUGACUUGCAUUUCUGUGUACUUUAUUUAUGUUUUGUUUAAUCUCUAAGACUGAAGAUCAUGCAAUUUUUCAACUUUUCAGAAUUCGGAAAUCCGACAACAAUAGAUAUACAUGUUUUCAAGUUACAUGAAGUUAUUUCCUUUUUCCAGUCUAUAUUUAUUUAUGUCUAUGGGUACAGACUACAGAGUGUCAGGGGGAGGUAUGGCGAGAAUGAGUGUUACUUUGAUUUUGUAUAGAAUCCUAAAUGCUGCUGGUAAAAUCAUUGGCAAAAAAAACAAAACCCAUUUGGGCAGUUGUUUGAGACAAACAUCUAUAAAAAAAGCUAACAAGAUCCUCGAAAUAAAGAAUCACCCUUUGUGUCAGGAUUUUGUGAUUUUACCACCACAAAAGAGAUACAAGACACCGAUGGCAAAGACAAACAGACACAAACACUCUUUUGUUCCCCUGGCAAUUAAAUCAUUAAAUAAGAACAAUCUGGUAUAAACUUUGUCACAUGUAAAUUAUAAGUGAGUCUGGUGUGAAUGUACACUUUGGUUUCUUAAUUUAUAAUGUUUUUGUUUGGUGUAAUGCACAAAUUGUAAGACAAAUUUCCAUAUGGACAUUAAAGAUUAUUAUUAUUAUUAUGUUCACGCCCAAGUUAUGAAUGUGAACAGUCUGCACGUGUUAUAAACUGAAUGGUCAAGUCUUCCUUGAAUAUGCGAGAGAGUGUGUUAAGUUAGUGAGGUCAUGCUCCCGGUCCAAGAAGGUUGGACAGUCGCUUCCUAAACUGGUGUUUAUGUAUUAUUUAAUGACUGUUAAUAUAAUUGAGUGCUUAUUAAGUAUUAAAGUAUUAUUUGCAUUUCCAUGUA